GUAACGAGUGAGUAGACAAGUCCUCCUUACCGCUGGAGGUGACAGAAUCACGUGGGAUGUGUAUUGGAGGAGCAGAGACGAGCUGAAGACCAUUGCAGUGCUAGUAUGAAUGGGAACAAGAUCUGUGCUCAAGUCGUCAUAGGUGGAUUAAAGGGUAACCUACCAUGAGCUGACAAAUGAUUUUUAGAAAUUGUAGUCUUCUCAGCCACAUACGUCAUGGCAUCUCUAACAUGUUUAUCGGCAUCAUGCUGGAGAAUCCUGGUUGCCCGUAGGAUUUCACUUUGUGCCUAUACAUCCUCUUCAUUGGGAAGUAUUCCUAAUUGCCAGGUCACCACAAAGGCAUUUCUACAUCAUGAUGUGGCAGCACCAACAUGUGAUGUGGCGCAAAGGAAAAACUUUGUACUGAAGACUCCAAAAGGCACACAUGAUGCUGACCCCAAGCAAAUGGCCAUUCGAGAGAAGGUGUUCAGCAUAGUAUUGAAUUGCUUCAAACGCCAUGGAGCAGAGGGCAUUGACACUCCUGUCUUUGAGCUUAAGGAAACUCUUAUUGGAAAAUAUGGAGAAGAUUCCAAACUUAUCUAUGACCUGAAGGAUCAAGGAGGGGAGAAGCUGUCCUUGCGCUAUGAUCUGACUGUCCCUUUUGCACGAUAUUUGGCCAUGAAUAAAAUCAGCCACGUAAAACGUUACCAGAUUUCUAAAGUUUACAGAAGGGACAAUCCAGGCAGCGGGCGCUACAGAGAAUUUUAUCAAUGUGAUUUUGACAUUGCUGGGCACUACGACCCCCUGCUCCCGGACGCCGAGUGUCUGAAGAUUAUGUAUGAGAUACUCACUGAGCUGGAACUGGGAGGGUUUCUCAUUAAGGUAAAUGACAGAAGACUUCUCUAUGGAAUUCUCAUAACCUGUGGUGUUCCAGAUGCCAAAUUCAGAACGGUGUGCACCUCCAUUGACAAGCUGGGCAAGGUUCCUUGGGACAAGGUCAAGAGUGAGAUGAUCGAGGAGAAGGGUUUAAGUCCAGAGACUGUAGACCGAGUGGGUGAAUACAUCAGACUUAACGGUGGCUUGGCACUGCUAGAACACCUAUGGGACGAUUCAGUGGUCUCUCAAAACUCAGUGGCAAUGGAAGCACUGAAGGAUCUUAAAUUACUUCACAACUACUUGGAAAUCUUUGGAGUGGCAGAUAAGGUCUCUUUUGAUCUAGGCCUGGCCCGUGGUUUGGAUUACUACACCGGAGUGAUCUAUGAAGCUGUGCUGGUUGACAAUCCCCAAGAUAAUGAUACGGACAGGAUAACUGAAUUUGGCAGUAUAGCUGCAGGGGGGCGUUAUGAUGACCUGGUGGGGAUGUUUGAUGCCAAGGGCAGAAAAGUACCAUGUGUGGGGAUCAGCAUUGGAAUUGAGAGAAUACUAUCUAUGGCAGAGAAGAAAGCAGAGGAAUCUUUUAAGAAUAUGCGAACCACAGAAACUGAAGUUCUGGUGGCUUCAGCACAGCCACAUUACGUAGAGGAGAGGAUGAAACUUAUUACUAUGCUCUGGAACUGUGGCAUCAAAGCAGAGAUGCUUCACAAGAAAAACCCUAAACUACUGUCCCAGCUGCAAUACUGUGAGAGGACAGGCAUUCCACUGGUGGCCAUUAUUGGUGAGCAAGAGCUUAAAGACGGAGUAGUAAAGUUGAGAGAUGUUGCAACAAGAGAGGAGGUCAACAUUCCCAGGGAGUAUUUAGUAGAAGAAAUCCAGAAACGGACAAGUUAACAGCAGUUCACUGAAAGAUUCUCAUCCACAGGAUUCACUAGUCAUAAAAUAAAGAAGUCAACAUGUACGCUCAAACAGAGGGGGUCAUUUAUUAUCAGAUAUACCCCAAUUUCUGGCGUUUAUCUGGCGCACAUUGUGGCGCAAAGGUUAAUUGCGGCACAGUCUGUGAUUAUUUUUAUUUUUUUUCCCCUGCUCACGCCAGGUCUAAAAAAAGAAGGGGAGAAUGAUCUAAAUCUACACCAGUAAGGGAGCUGGCGUACAUUUAGACAGGCGGUGGAUAUACGAAGUUAUGUAAAGGAUGGUGCAGCCACCGCCAGCACAAAGGGGUAUUAAGACUGUCAUCUAAAGUUUUUUGACACUGUUUAUAGGGUUAUGUGUUAUGAGUGUUCUUUUUUUUAUUCUUCUUAUCCUCUCUUUUAAGCUUUUAUAAUUACAACCACAAUUGUAAAGGUGUCCACAAAGGUAUUGCAUGCAGCAUAUUUGACCAUUUAACAAGUUCUGCUGAUCUUCACACUGGAUGGCCCCAUUUGAAUUUGAUAUGCAUCAAAAUCUGCCUUGUGCACGUGAUCUUUUGGUUACAAUAUUAGUCAUAUUUGCACUUAAAAUAUUCUAGGUGUCUGUUAAUAAUCCUCUCAGCAUGGAGGAAGUAAGAUGCUAUUUCUCCUUUUGGUUACAUGUAUUGUUAAAACAGGAUGUAACUUCCCCUUUUUUUAUAUAAAGGUUCUUUAUCUGAACUUGUCUAUGCUGGAAUUUUAUAUAGUUUCUAUUUUUCUUAUAUUGUAAUUUAAGAAUAUAAUUUGCGUUAGUUGCAUAAUUUUCUAUUAACCUGAUAACAAUGUUAUUAAAAAAGACACCACUGGUUAGAA